AUGAGAAAAGUUAUCUUCUCACUUUGUUUUCUCUUUCUGAGUUUUUCUUUCUGCACAGCUGAUCAGAGUAUUGAGGGUCAUCCGACGACUGGGCGAAAUGUUUCCUACUAUGGGCAUCAAGUCUUGGAGAUUUACCCAAACACUCUGAGUAAAGUUCAACACUUUCUCAAUUUUGGUCGGAAAGAAAACCUGGACAUCUGGAAACAUGCAGCUCAUGCUAAUGACAGCAUACAUGUGUUACUCUCUCCUGAAAAACUGCGGCUAAUGAAAAUCGAGCUGGAGAAGAUGAAGACACAAUUUAACGUUUUAAUUCCAGAUGUUGAACAACUUAUGCACACCGAGCGAGAUAACACGCACCAUCGCCACAAGCGGUCUUCCAACCACUUCAACUUAUAUUCCUAUCAGUCAACCAAACAAAUUUAUGCAUUUUUGGAUUCGGUAUGCUCAGAGUCCAAGGCCCUGUGCAACAUCUUCAGCAUUGGUCGUUCUUCAGAGGGACGUGAUAUCAAGAUGUUACGGUUAUCCGCCCCCAAAAAACGCUAUCAAAAGUUAAUCAUCCUCAUCGACGCUGGAAUGCACGGCCGAGAAUGGAUCUCAAUUUCUGUUAUUCUCUACUUCAUUUAUGAGUUGGCCAUAAAUCCCACCAAUAAGCGUGUGAACAAAAUGUUACUGAAUUAUUUUGAUUGGUUCUUUGUUCCUAUACUCAAUCCAGAUGGAUACGAAUACACCCGAAAUUAUGAUCGACUUUGGCGAAAGACGCGAUCUCGUUCAUCCAAUUAUUACAAUUGCAUUGGUGUUGAUAUCAACCGAAAUUUCCCCAACCACUGGAAUGAGAUCGGAUCCAGUGAAGAUCCUUGCAGUGUCGAAUAUGCCGGUGUCACAGCUCUGUCUGAACCUGAAAGUAUGGCUUUGGCAAAUGUGAUGAGGAUGAACGAGGGAGAUAUUGUAGCUUACAUCAGCCUCCAUGCCUACGGACAGCUGUGGAUGUACCCAUGGGGAUACACACUCAAACCACCCAACGAUUUGACCGACCUCUUUCGUCUUGCAUCUCGUGCUACCAACGCAAUCCGACAUUAUUCUAAGAGAGAAUAUGCAGUGGGACCAUCUUCACAUAUAUUAUACAUUGCAAGCGGAGCCUCAGACGACUAUGCCAAGGCCGAUCGUCAUAUCAAAUACGCUUACACAGUGGAACUUCCAGAUGAUGGUUUAUAUGGAUUUUUGUUGCCCAGCCGGCUCAUUCCGAAGACAAGCGAAGAAACAUUUGUUGGAUUGAAGGCUUUUACUAAGGGACUUGCAAAAAAAACCAGAAGGGAACGAAAUAAGCGUGCGAAACGUCAAAAAAGACGUCUUCGCAGGAGCUGA